AUGGGAGAGGGCUGCUCUCUGGCAGUGGGCACACAUGGACUCACUUACUUCUUUGGCUCUUUGAAUGAUAAAACACUGACUACUGCAGCCGCAACCAAGAACAUAACUUCCACUGUGCUGGCCGAGCUGGGCAUUGCUUCUGGAGGCAGUGAGUAUGUCUGGCAGUCAUUUUCAGGGUCCAGGACAGCCAGCUCGGCCUCCCCUUACCCUGGAGAGCUGCAGAAGUUUUGCAUGCAGAAAUGUGUCAGUCUGGUGCCUGGAGUUACACUGGAUUUGAUAGAAAAGAUUCCUGGCCGGCUGAAUGACAGGAGGACUCCCUUGGGUGAACUGAACUGGAUCUUCACAGCAAUCACAGACACCAUCGCAUGGAAUGUACUUCCCCGGGAUCUCUUCCAAAAGCUCUUCAGACAGGACCUGUUGGUGGCUAGUCUGUUUCGGAAUUUUUUAUUAGCAGAAAGGAUCAUGAGGUCAUAUAACUGCACUCCAGUCAGCAGCCCGCGACUCCCUCCAACUUACAUGCACGCGAUGUGGCAAGCCUGGGACCUCGCCGUCGACAUCUGUCUGUCUCAGCUGCCAACAAUCAUUGAGGAAGGCACUGCAUUCAGGCACAGCCCCUUCUUUGCCGAGCAGCUGACUGCAUUCCAGGUGUGGCUCACCAUGGGCGUGGAGAACCGGAACCCACCUGAACAGCUGCCCAUUGUUUUACAGGUGCUGUUAAGCCAAGUGCACCGGCUGAGAGCCUUGGACUUGCUGGGAAGAUUUUUGGACCUGGGUCCCUGGGCGGUCAGCCUGGCCCUGUCUGUCGGCAUCUUCCCCUACGUGCUGAAACUGCUCCAGAGCUCAGCCCGAGAGCUGAGGCCACUUCUCGUUUUCAUCUGGGCCAAGAUCCUCGCCGUGGACAGUUCAUGCCAAGCUGACCUCGUGAAGGACAACGGCCACAAAUACUUCCUUUCAGUCUUGGCGGACCCUUACAUGCCAGCUGAACACAGGACCAUGACAGCUUUUAUUCUCGCCGUGAUCGUCAACAGCUACAACACAGGGCAGGAAGCCUGCCUUCAGGGGAACCUGAUUGCCAUCUGCCUGGAACAGCUCAAUGACCCCCACCCCUUGCUGCGCCAAUGGGUAGCCAUCUGCCUGGGGAGGAUCUGGCAGAACUUUGACUCAGCGCGAUGGUGUGGUGUGCGCGACAGUGCUCAUGAGAAACUCUACAGCCUCCUCUCCGACCCCAUCCCUGAGGUCCGCUGUGCAGCAGUCUUCGCCCUGGGCACGUUUGUGGGCAACUCUGCUGAGAGGACGGACCACUCCACCACCAUCGACCACAACGUGGCCAUGAUGCUAGCCCAGCUGAUCAAUGAUGGGAGCCCCAUGGUCCGGAAGGAGCUGGUGGUAGCACUGAGUCAUCUUGUAGUUCAGUAUGAAAGCAAUUUCUGCACCGUGGCCUUGCAGUUCAUGGAAGAGGAAAAGAACUACCCCUUGCCUUCUCCAGCUGCCACAGAGGGCGGGAGUUUGACCCCAGUGCGAGAUAGUCCGUGCACCCCCAGGCUUCGUUCUGUGAGUUCCUAUGGAAACAUACGUGCCGUCACCACAGCCAGGAGCCUGAACAAAUCUCUUCAGAACCUGAGCUUGACAGAAGAAUCUGGCAGCUCAGUGGCAUUCUCUCCUGGGAACCUCAGCACCAGCAGCAGUGCCAGCAGCACCCUGGGCAGUCCAGAAAACGAGGAGUACAUCCUGUCCUUCGAGACCAUCGACAAGAUGCGCCGUGUCAGUUCCUACUCCUCCCUCAACUCCCUCAUAGGAGUUUCUUUUAAUAGUGUUUACACUCAAAUUUGGAGAGUCUUAUUGCAUCUGGCUGCUGAUCCUUAUCCAGAUGUUUCUGAUUUGGCCAUGAAGGUGCUCAACAGUAUCGCCUACAAGGCCACGGUGAAUGCCCGGCCCCAGCGCAUCCUGGACACCUCUUCUCUCACACAGUCAGCCCCCGCCAGCCCGACCAACAAGGGUACACAUAUCCACCAGGUGGGAGGCUCCCCGCCGACAUCCAGCACAAGCAGCUCCAGCCUGACCAACGACGUGGUCAAGCAGCCAGUCAGCCGAGACCUGCCUUCCGGCCGGCCAGGCACCACAGGCCCCAUGGGGGCACAGUACACCCCCCACUCCCACCAGUUCCCCCGCACACGGAAGAUGUUCGACAAAGGCCCAGACCAGACUGCGGAUGAUGCAGAUGACACUACUGGACACAAAAGCUUCAUCUCCGCCACGAUGCAGACAGGGUUCUGCGACUGGAGUGCCCGAUAUUUUGCCCAGCCUGUCAUGAAGAUCCCAGAAGAACAUGACCUGGAGAGUCAGAUCCGCAAGGAGCGGGAAUGGCGGUUCCUACGGAACACCCGUGUCAGGAAGCAGGCACAGCAGGUCAUCCAGAAGGGCAUCACAAGACUGGAUGACCAGAUAUUUCUGAACAGGAACCCUGGAGUCCCCUCUGUGGUCAAAUUCCACCCCUUCACCCCAUGCAUAGCCGUAGCCGACAAGGAUAGCAUCUGCUUUUGGGACUGGGAGAAAGGGGAGAAGCUAGACUACUUCCACAAUGGAAACCCUCGGUACACAAGGGUCACUGCCAUGGAGUAUCUGAAUGGCCAGGACUGUUCCCUUCUGCUGACAGCCACAGAUGAUGGUGCCAUCAGGGUCUGGAAGAAUUUUGCUGAUUUGGAAAAGAACCCGGAGAUGGUGACUGCUUGGCAGGGGCUUUCAGACAUGCUGCCGACAACACGAGGAGCUGGGAUGGUAGUAGACUGGGAGCAGGAGACCGGCCUCCUCAUGAGCUCAGGGGACGUGCGCAUUGUCCGGAUCUGGGACACAGACCGCGAGAUGAAGGUGCAGGACAUCCCCACUGGUGCAGACAGCUGCGUGACAAGCCUGUCCUGCGACUCCCACCGCUCCCUCAUUGUGGCUGGCCUCGGCGAUGGCUCCAUCCGUGUCUACGACAGGAGGAUGGCGCUCAGCGAAUGCCGCGUCAUGACCUACCGCGAGCACACAGCCUGGGUGGUGAAGGCCCACCUCCAGAAGCACCCCGAGGGCCGCAUCAUGAGCGUGAGUGUCAAUGGAGAUGUGCGUGUCUUCGACCCACGCUUGCCUGAGUCUGUGAACGUCCUUCAGAUCGUGAAGGGACUGACGGCCCUAGACAUCCACCCCCAGGCCAACCUGAUCGCGUGUGGCUCCGUGAAUCAGUUCACUGCCAUCUACAACGGUAACGGGGAGCUGAUCAACAACAUCAAGUACUACGACGGGUUCAUGGGGCAGCGUGUCGGGGCCAUCAGCUGCCUGGCCUUCCACCCGCACUGGCCUCAUCUGGCAGUGGGAAGCAACGACUACUACAUCUCUGUGUACUCGGUGGAGAAGCGCGUCAGAUAGCGGCGCCCCCAGCCCGCCAGGCCACAGCCUGCUGUACAUAGUGAACUGCCA